AUGGCCGCAAUGGCGCAUUCCGGUACGUCGGGGGGAGGCGGAGCAGGCGGAGGUGGGGGACAGGGGGGCACUGGCCGCGGGGGCGCGGGAGGAAGCGGCGAGCGGGGAGCGGCGGCGGACAUUCUGCGGCGGCUGCUGGCGGAGCUGUGUACGCGCACGCCGUACGCGGCGAAGGAGGAGGGCGCGCUGACGCUGCGCCAGCACGUGGAGGAGGAGGCGCGCGAUCUUAGUGGCGAGGCGUUUACGCGUUUCAUGGACACGCUUUACGAAAGGAUCAACGUGCUUGUAGAGAGUACCUCGCCGUCCGAUAAUCUCGGCGCCGUUCACGCUAUCGACGAGUUAAUCGACGUGCCGCUCGGGGAGAGCGCAGCCAAGGCGUCGCGUUUCGCGUCGUUUCUGCGGCGAAUCUUCGAGGAAAAGACGGAUGCUGACACGAUCUCCGCGGCAGCGGCGACGUUGGGACACGUGGCUCGCGCGGGCGGCGCGAUGGCUGCUGACGUGGUGGAGUUUCAGGUGAAGGAGGCGCUGAGGUGGCUUGAGGGGGAGCGCGUCGAGGCGCGGCGCUACGCGGCCGUGCUUAUACUGAAGGAAAUGGCGGCGAACGCGCCGACGGUCUUCAACGUGCACGUCCCGACAUUCAUCGACGUCAUCUGGGCGGCACUGCGCGACCCGAAGCUCGCGGUGCGGGAGCGCGCGGUGGAGGCGCUGCGCGCGUGCCUGCGCGUUAUCGAGAAGCGCGAGACGCGGUGGCGCGUGCAGGGCUACUAUCGACUAUUCGAGGAGACGGAGAAAGGGCUGCAGCGCAGCGCGAGCGUCGAGAGCAUCCACGGCUCGUUGCUCGCGAUCGGCGAAAUGCUUCGCAACACGGGCGAAUUCAUGAUGGCGCGUUACAAGGAAGUCGCGAACAUCGUUCUCAAGUAUCGCGACCAUCGCGAGCGCCUCAUCCGGCGAUCCAUCACCGCGCUGCUGCCGCGCAUCGCGCAUUUCCUGCGCGACCGCUUCGUGAGCAGCUAUUUAAAGAUCUGCAUGGAUCACCUCCUAGGCGUCAUGAAGAACCCCGCCGAUCGCGACGCGGGCUUCGCGGCGCUCGGCGAGAUGGCGAGCGCCGUCGGCCCCGCGCUGCGCCCGUACCUCCCCGCGAUCUCCGCGCUGCUCCGCGAGGCGCUGACUCCCCGCCGCGGGCGCGCGUCGGUGGAGGCGCUGACGUGCGUGGGGCAGCUGGUGGCGGCGGUGGGGGAAGACAUGCGCGAGGUUGCGCGCGAGCUGCUCCCCGUGUGCCUGCACACGGGGCUCUCCCUCCCCCUCGUGCACACGCUCGCGCACAUCUCCGCGCACCUCCCCGCGCUCAAGCCGCUCGUCCAAUCACAGCUCAUUGAGGCCAUCACCGCGGUCCUCGCGCGGAAGCCCUCCGCGCGGAUCGGAACCAGCGCGGGCGGCGCGUUCGGCUCGCUGACGGGCGCGCGCCCGCCCGCGGGCGCAGGCGGAGGCGGAAGCGGAUCCGGGGGCUCCCUAACCCUCGGCGGAAGUGCCAGCUUGAGCAGCCUGGCGAGCGGCGCGCUCACGGGCGGGGGGGGCGGGGGAGCGGGGAGCAGCGCGGGCGGCGGAACGGGGGGGAGCGUGGCGGGGGAACUAUCAAUGGCGGGGGUGACGCAGCUGGCGCUGUGCACGCUCUACUCGUUUGACCUAUCAGGGCACGACCUGCUGGAGCUGACGCGUGUACACGUGGCAAGGUACCUGGAAGAUGAUGACGUGGCGACCAGGAGAGAGGCUGCUGUGUGCUGCGCGCACGUCCUCGCCCACACCGCCUCCGCCCUCUCCGCGCCCCUCUCCCCCUCCCCCGCACCCUCCCCCGCGCCCCAAGCAGAACCCAGCGGCGCGGGCGCAGCCCCCGGCGCUGCUGGAGGCGGGGGAGGGGGUGCACGGGUGGCAGGCGCCAUUUCGGGCGGCGUGGGGGGCGGCAGCGGGCGGGGCAGCAGCAGCGCGGCGGCACUCAAAGUGCAGCGAAUCGCGCAGCAGCUGCUGCUACAGCCGGGCAUGCGGAAGAAACGGCGAGGCAUAGUAGAGGACAUGCUGGAGCGCCUAUUGGUCUCCUCCGUUGCUGACGUGGACGCUGGCGUGCGCAAGGCCGUCCUCGCGUGCCUCUCUGCACCGGCCUCCACCGCACUGGACUCCUUCCUGGCGCAACCCGACUGCCUCCGCGCGCUCUUCAUCGCACUAAACGACGAAACCUAUGAAGUCCGGGAACAGGCCGUGCUGCUCGCCGGGCGGCUCGCCGCCCGAAACCCGGCGUACGUGCUGCCGGCGCUGCGGCGGCAUCUGGUGCGGCUGCUGGGGGACGUGGAGCACAGUGAGGACAGCCGGCUGCGGGAGGACGGCGCGCGGCUGCUGCGGUGCCUCAUCCACUCGUGCACGCCCCUCGUGGCUCCCUACAUCGCCCCCAUCCUCAAGGUCUUUGUGGCGCGCCUCAAGGCCGUGUCCGCCGCGCAUGCGGCUGCGGUAGGGACGGUGGGCGGGGGAGGGACGAGUGGGGUGGUGGCGUCGAUGCUGGCAACGGUAGGUGAGCUGGCGAAGGUGGCGGGGAGUGCGCUCACGCCCUACGUGCCCGAUCUCAUGCCGCUCAUAGUGGACUCCUUGCAUGACACCACGGGGCCGGGACCGGGGGAGCGCAGGGAGGUGGCGGUGGUGACGCUGGGGCAGGUUGUGGAGAGCACGGGGUGUGUCGUCGCGCCGUACCGCCACUACCCCCAACUUUUGGGGUUACUUCUGUCGAUGCUCAACGGGCAGCUGGCGUGGUCGAUGCGGCGGUCGGUGCUGCAGGUGCUGGGCAUUCUGGGCGCGUUGGACCCGCACGUCAACAAGCGCAACCAGCUGCUGCUGCUGCCGCAAGCCAUGGCCGCCCAGGGGGGGGUGGACGGCCGGGGGGAUGGUGGAGGGGGAGGCGCGGGUGGGGGUGGCGGAGGUGCGGCAGGGGGAGGAGGCGGGGGCGGGGGAGCGGGAGCGGGGGGAGCGGCGGGAGGAGGAGGGGCGGGGGGAGGUGGUGGGAGGGGCGGGGCAGCAGGAGGCGGAGCAGGGGGCGCAGCCGGGGCGGCAGGGGGGGCGGUCGGACCACUACAGCCGCCGCGCGUGCUCCAGGGCUUCGACCGCAUGGGCGGCAUGGGCGGCAUGGGCGGCGACGAUCCACUGACAGACGUACCAUCAGCGGGCGGGCUAACCGACGAGUACUACUCGACAGUGGCCAUCUCCGCCCUCCUCCGCAUCCUGCGAGACGGUGCCCUCGCAGCCUACCACCUGAGGGUGGUCAGCUCUCUCAUGUUCAUCUUCAGAACCAUGGGGCUCGCCUGCGUGCCCUUCCUCCCUCGAGUGCUCCCUGAGCUCUUCCACGUGAUGCGCGCGUGUGACGAGAGCCUGAGGGAGUUUCUGUUCUGGCAGCUGGCGCAGCUGGUGGGCAUCGUUCGGCAGCACAUGCGCAAGUACCUGCCGGAGAUCACCGCCCUGAUCCACGACUUCUGGCACCCGCUGCUGCUCUCCGUCUUCCCCCGCCCGCCCGCGCCCUCCCCCGUGCUCAACCUAGUCGAACAACUCGCACGCGCUCUCCCAGACGACUUUAAGACGUGCCUCCCGGAAAUAUUACCGCGGUGCGUGGCGGUGGUGGCGGAUGCGGAGCGCAGCGGGGACUACAAGCGCGUGCCACCCGUGCUGCACGCGUUUGAGGUGCUGGGCGGCAGCAUGCUGGGCGGCGACAUGGAGCCGCACAUGCACCUGCUGCUGCCCGCCGUCGUGCGCCUCUUCAAGCCCGGCGUCUCAGACGUGCCGCUGCCCAUACAGCGCGCGGCGGUGCGCACGCUCACGCGCCUGCUGCCGGCUCUCCACGUGGCGGACCAUGCGGCGGCCAUCCUGCAUCCGCUGGCGCGAGUGCUGGACGGGCCCAGCGAGGAGCUGCGGAGGGACGCCGCUGACGCCAUCUGUGACCUCGCUCUCGCGCAGGUCAGUGCUGCUUGCCAGGGUCCCGACUUUGCGCCAUUCAUCCCCACCAUCCGCCGUCUGCUCUCCCGCCACCGCCUCUCCAGCGCGCGGUUCGACGCCAUAGCAGCGUGCCUGCAGCGCCGCGACCCCUCGCUGCUGCUCAACCUCAACCUCCCCCCCGCCGCCCACUCCUCCCUCCCCCGUGUUCCCUCCUCCGCCUCCUUCGCCGGGGGAAGCACCUGGGGGAGCUCGGAUAAUCUGGCUGGGCAGGGGGGAGCGGCUGGGGGAGGGGGGGGGGCGCAGGGGGGAGGAGGGGGAGGCGCGGGUGGGCAGGGCGUGGGGGGAGGGGGAGGAGGCAGGGGCGCAGGCGUCACCGGCGCUGCGGCUGCUGGUGGCGCCGGCGGCGGUGCUGCUGGCGGGGGCGGGGGACCCCUAAACGCAACAGUGGGGUUUGACGAGGACUGGGGUUUCGAUUUCGACGGCAUGGGCUCUUCUCUCGACGCCGUCGGCAGCGCCGGCGGCCCCGGCAGCACCACCAGGGGCGGCGGCGGCGGCGGCGGCAACAGCAGCAGCGGCGGCGGCGGCAACAGCAGCAGCGGCGGCGGCGGGGGAGGCAUGUCCGGUUUAUCCGCGUCCGGGACCCUACGGGUGAACGAGGGGCAGUUGAGGAAGGCAUGGGAAUCGUCCCAGCGCAGCACUCGGGAGGACUGGGCGGAGUGGAUGCGGCACUUCUCAGUAGAGCUCCUCAAAGAGUCCCCCUCGCCCGCGCUCCGCACGUGCGCCACGCUCGCGCCCCUCCAACCGCACGUGGCACGGGAGCUGUUUGCUGUGGGGUUCGUGAGCUGCUGGCAGGAGCUGAACGACGCCAGCCGCGACCAGCUCGUGCACUCCCUGGAGGCCGCCUUCGCGUCGCCCAACAUCCCCCCGGAGAUCCUCGCAACGCUGCUCAACCUGGCCGAGUUCAUGGAGCAGAACGAGUGCCCGCUCCCCGUCGACAUCCGCACCCUCGGCGCUUUAGCCGAGAAGUGCCACGCGUUCGCGAAAGCCCUCCAUUACAAGGAGAUGGAGUUUGAGGUGGAUCCGGCGGCCACGGUGGAGGCGCUGAUUCACAUAAACAACCAGCUGCAGCAGCACGAGGCGGCGGUGGGCAUGCUGGUGUACGCGCAGCGCCACCUGGCGGUGCAGCUGAAGGAGCCGUGGUACGAGAAGCUGCAGCGCUGGCACGACGCGCUCGCCGCGUAUGAGCGGCGCGCGGCCGCUGCUGUGGCGGCUAUGGGGGGCGGGGCGGGGGGAGGCGGAGCGGCAGGGGGAGGCGUCAUGGGGCAGACGGGGAUGCUUCUGUCAGGCACAGGCGCAGGCGCUGCUCCCAGUGGCAUGCAUCCUGGUAUGCACCCAAGCAUGCCUGUGUCGGCAUCAGCGGCGUCAGCAGCGCUGCUAGACGCCACGCUGGGGCGCAUGCGCUGCCUGGGCGCCCUUGCGCGGUGGGAGGAGCUCUCUGCACUCUGCCACGACGCCUGGCCGCCCGCUGAGCCCGCAGCGCGCGUGCAGAUGGCACCGCUGGGAGCGGGAGCAGCGUGGAACAUGGGGCAGUGGGACGACAUGGCAGAGUAUGUCUCUGUGUUGCCUGAUGGGGGGGAUGAUGCUGGAGGGGCGUCCAUGGGUGGGUUUGGCGGGAUGGGCGGAGGCGGCGGGAGGUUCGGCGCGGUGCUGCCGAUUCAGCAGCACCAUAAUCUGGCGGGAGGUUCGGGGGUGGGGUCAGGUUCGGGGCGCAGCGACGGGGCGUUUUUCCGCGCGGUGCUGGCGGUUCGGCACGGGGCGUUCGGGGAGGCGCGGGAGUACGUGGAAAGAGCGCGGAAGCUUCUGGCAACUGAGCUGGCAGCGCUGGUGCUGGAGAGUUACGAGAGAGCAUAUGGGGACGUGGUGAGGGUGCAGCAGCUGUCAGAACUCGAGGAAGUUAUAGACUACUGCUUGCUGGGGGCAGACGCGGGGGGAGGAGCAGCUGGGGGGGACGCAGGAGGGGGUUUUUCAGGGAUGGACGGAGGGGGGGUGAUCGGAUUUGGAGGGGAGGAGGGGCACAUGGGCGCGGGGGAGGUGGAGGCGAGGAAGGCUCUGAUCCGGCAGAUGUGGCGGGAGCGGAUCAAGGGUGCACAGCGCAACGUGGACGUGUGGCAGGCGCUCCUAGCCGUGCGAUCCCUCGUGCUGCCCAUGCACCAGGACGCCCACACGUGGCUCAAAUUCGCCUCUCUCUGCCGCAAGAGCGGGCGCGUGAGUCAGGCCAGAGCCACUCUCCUGAGGCUCCUCCAGCACGACCCUGCCGGGGCGAGAAUGCUCGGGCUGGACGUGCACGAAGGGGAGGGCGGCGCGGUUACCAGUAUUGGCACCCCGGGCGGCGGACUGGCGGUGGUGGCCGGCGCGGGGGCGGCGGGGGCGGUGCCGCUGCUGCGGCUGCCUUCGGUGGGGGUGAGAGGCACGGGAGUGGGGGGAGGAGGAGUGUUGGGAGGAAGCGGGUUGGGCAGUGUGGGUCUGGGAGGAGGUGUGGGCAUCAGCAGCACCGGCAUUACCACCAGCGGCACCACCAACGACAUGCUAACCGCCGCGGCAGCAGCCGUGGCAAUCAUCCCUCCCUCCCUCGCCUUCCCCACCUCCUCCUCCCUCGCAUACCAACCCUCAUCCACCCCUCCAUUGCUCAUCCCAGCCAUGCCACACGUGGUGCUGGGCUAUCUCAAGUACGCCUGGGCGCUCGCCUCAGACGUCAACCGCCGCAACGCCUUCCGCUGCCUGCAGGACCUCGCUGCUGCGCUCGCAGCCACUCACGGCGCGCCACCUGGCGUCGCCGCCCUGGGGCUCGGAAUGGCUUCAGCAAGCUUGGGCGGGGCGCGGCCGGUGUCUCCUCUGCCCGGCAUGACCCCGCUCCCACACACCACCCACUCGCCCCCUCCCCCCUCUGCUAUCCCAGGCCUCCCCUCCUCCUCCUCCCUCUCAGCACAGUCUGCAGGAGCAGCAUGGGCGGGAACAGCAGGAGCAGCAGCAGGGGAGGGCAGCAGCAGUGGCAUGACGGCGCACGGUGCACCGCUGCUCUCACGUGUCUACCUGAAGCUGGGCACGUGGCAGUGGUCGCUCCACCCCACCCUCUCUGACUCCUCCGUCGCUGAAAUCGGCACGUCCCUGCGGGCGGCAACAGAGCUGGCGCCGGAGUGGGGGAAGGCGUGGCAUCGCUGGGCGCUGUUCAACACGGCAGCCAUGACGCACUUCACUCAGAGGGGCAACGCGCACUCGGCUCAGACCCACCUGGUCGCCGCCAUUGCGGGGUUCUUCCGGUCGAUUGCUCUCGCCACGGCAGGAGGGACUGCGAGCCAGGCAGGCGGGAGAGCGGUGUUUGCUGCUGCUGGAGUGGGAGGAGGGGGAACGGGCGGGGCGGGGGAGGGGAAGGGGAUGGGGGCGGGCGGGGCAACGGGGGUGGCGAAGGGGUUAGGAUCGGGGAAGGGCGCAGGGGACAGCCUGCAGGAUAUUCUUCGGCUGCUGACUCUCUGGUUCCGGUACGGCGCUACAGCCGACGUGCAGGCGGCGCUACAGGAGGGGUUCACGCACGUGAACAUCGACACGUGGCUGCACGUGAUUCCUCAGAUCAUCGCGCGCAUCCACAACAACGUCCCCGCCGUCCGCUCCCUCGUGCAAUCAUUGCUCAUCCGCGUGGGGCGGCACCACCCGCAGACGCUCAUGUUCCCGCUGCUCGUGGCCUGCAAGUCCAUGUCUCUCUCGCGCUGCGCCGCCGCACAAGCAGUGCUGGACAAUAUCCGCUCGCACUCCGCUGCUCUGGUGGAGGCAGCACAGCUGGUAUCAGUCGAGCUGAUCCGAGUGGCUAUCCUAUGGCACGAGAUGUGGCACGAGGCCUUGGAGGAGGCAUCGCGACUGUACUUCGGCGAGCGGAAUGUAGACGGCAUGCUGGCUGUGCUCGCUCCGCUGCACGCGCUGCUCGAAACCGCCGGCCCGGAAACCAGCACGGAAGCCGCGUUCGUGGAGGCCUACGGUCGGGAGUUGGCCGAAGCGGCAGAGUGCUGCGCGAACUACCGGCGGACGGGGAGAGAAGCGGAGCUGACACAGGCGUGGGACCUGUACUACCACGUGUUCAAGCGCAUCAACAAGCAGCUCCCCGCACUCACCACACUCGAGCUCCUCCAGGUGGCGCCUGCGCUGGUCAACGCCCGCGACCUCGCUCUCGCUGUCCCCGGCACGUACCGCGUCGGCCGCCCCACAGUGACCAUCGCAGGCUUUGCACCGCAGCUGCUGGUGAUUACUUCCAAGCAGCGGCCGCGGAAGAUCUCGAUCCUGGGAUCCGACGGCCGGGAGUACGUGUUCCUGCUGAAGGGCCACGAGGAUCUACGGCUGGAUGAGCGCGUGAUGCAGCUGUUCGGGCUCGUGAACACCCUCCUGGGCGGCGCCAGGUCAGCCGCUGACAAGGAUCUCUCCAUCGAACGGUACGCGGUGGUGCCGCUGUCGCCCAACAUCGGGCUGAUCGGGUGGUUACCGCACUGCGACACGAUGCAUCAGCUGAUUCAGGAGUACCGCGAGGCGCACAACAUCGCAGUGAAUCUCGAGAGGCGCCUCAUCCUCAGCUUUGCUCCGGACUACGACCACCUGACUGUGAUCGGGAAAGUAGAGGCGUUCGAGCACGCGUUGGACAGCACGCCUGGGAACGACCUGGCGCGGGUGCUGUGGCUCAAGAGCCGCAGCGCUGAGGUGUGGCUGGAUCGCCGGUGCAACUACACGCGGAGUCUCGCCGUGAUGAGCAUGGUGGGGUAUAUUCUUGGGCUGGGAGACCGCCACCCGAGCAACCUCAUGCUGGACCGAUACUCCGGGAAGAUCAUCCACAUUGAUUUCGGUGAUUGCUUCGAGUCCUCCAUGCACCGCGAGAAGUUCCCUGAGAAGUUUCCGUUCCGGCUGACGCGGAUGCUGGUGAAGGCGAUGGAGGUGAGCGGCAUCGAGGGCACGUUCCGGUUCACGUGUGAGGCCGUGAUGGCGGUGCUAAGGCAGCACAAGGACUCGGUGCUCGCCAUGAUGGAAGCCUUCAUGUACGAUCCGCUCAUCAACUGGCGCCUUAUUAAUCGCACCGGCGCCGCUGCCGCCGCCGCCGCCAGCACCACUGCUGCUGCUGGGGCAGGGGGGGGAGGAGGUGCGGGUGGUGGCGGGGCAGUGGGAGGAGGCGGGGCGGUGCAGUCGCCGCCGCCACAGCGGGGCGUGCGGGAGCGGGAGAUUCUGCAGGCGCUGGGGCAGCUGGAUGACGCCCAGGAGGUGCUGAAUGAGCGCGCAGUGGCGGUGAUGACUCGCAUGAGCAACAAGCUCACUGGAAGGGACUUCCACCCCCUCGCUGCCUCUGCCUCCCCGGCUGCUUCUCUCCCGGGGGCCGUGCCGGAGUCCCCUCGCACGGGCAGCGGCAACAGCCUGCUGGGGGACAGUGGGCGCAGCUUGGAGCGGACCACGUCAGCCAUGGCUGCUGCUGCCAUGGGGAGUGGCGGCGGGGUGAUAGCGGAGGGGCGGGAGAGCGAGCCGGGGGUGAGUGUGAAGGAGCAGGUGCAGCGGCUGGUGGUGCAGGCCACGUCACAUGAGAACCUCUGCCAGAGCUACAUCGGCUGGUGCCCCUUCUGGUGA